UUCAAAGCACCUUGUUGAUGUGAUUUGAAGUUGUUUCGUUGAUUACCUUCUUAAUUUACAGUAUUUAAACAUCGAUAGUAUUGGAUCAGAUCGCCAAAGUGUAAAUAGAUAUCCAGUUGUGAAGCAUAUAACAUCAUGGAUGAAGAAAACGUGUUCAGAAUGCCUGAGAAAAGAAGUACCAGACGGAACUCAAUAUCUGCCAUGUUUGAGCUUCCUCCCUUUAAAAAGAGGAAGAGGAAGAUAGAUGAUGAUGCGUUGAGUGUACAAAGCUUGGAUAUUUCAUUGACAAAGAAAAAGAGUCGAAGAUCUAUUCUCAGAGUAUCUUCACUCGUGAAUCUUUUGUCUCCAAGCAAAUCUACAUCUAGCAAGCGUUUCAAGGUUCCCCCCACCCCCAGCAGACAGAACCUGUCCCCUUACAAGGCUCCUCAGCCCUCCCCUGAGAAGCGACGUCUCACAACACGGACUUGGAGUGACAUGAUGGCUGACGGGGGUAACCACCAUACCCUCACUCACAAGGACAUUAAGAGGCAGGAGGCCAUCUAUGAGCUGUAUCAAGGAGAGCAAGAUAUUAUUGAGGAUUUGAACAAUGUCCAGAAGAACUACAAUGAGUCAAUGGCCAAGCUUCAGUUAAUGACUGCAGGAGAACUCAAGCAGAUAUUUGGACCCAUCAAGUCCCUACCUCAGGUGCAUGAAGAUUUAGUAUCCCGCCUUCAGAAACAUAGGCUACCUGAUGGAACAACACAGGGCAUUGGAGGGGAAGUUCUGGAAUGGAUUUCGUCCUUGGAUGCGUAUAUCGAGUUCUGUGCCAACCAGGUGUUUGGUAAAGCACUCCUGGACGAGAAGAAGACUGACCCGGCUGUUGACGAUUUCCUGGAGAGGUGCCAGGAGUCUCCUUUCAGUCGCAAGCUGGACUUGUGGAGCCUUCUGGAUGGAGCUAGGAGCCGAUUUGUCAAAUACCCAUUGCUGAUCAGAAGCAUUCUCAAAUAUACACCAGAAGAUCAUGAAGAUGCUGGUUACCUUCAGGAAGCUAUAAAGUUGGCAGAGUUCUACAUCGCUGAGGCCGACAAGAAGACAGGAGAGGCUAAAUGCAGCUACUACCAGUCACGUCUCACCUACAUCUAUGAUGAUCAGAAACUACCGGAGAUCGAUGACUCUCACAGCCUCAUCUGUAAUGGAGUCCUUAAGAACAACAAAGGAAGCAAACUGCACUUGUUCCUGUUUGACAAGGUGCUGGUACCGACUCGUGUCACGAACCAGUACGGGUCUCGGAUGUACCAGGUGUACCGCCAGCCUAUUCCAGUGGAGGACCUUGUAGUGGAGGACCUCAUGGAGACAGAGAUCAAGAUGGGGUCUUUCAGGUCCGCCUUCAGUCAGUCACAAACAGUACGGAAUGUCUUCAAAGUUUCAUUCAAGGACAGCACAAAGGGCCAGUCACACACUCUCCUUGCCAACGAUGAACAUGAUAAGCGCCAAUGGUUACAGUGCUUCCGCCAAGUCACAGAUGAAGUGCACACGAUAGCACCGACACAUUCGGACAAACGGGCGGCCUAGCCAAUCAAAUUGGUGCUCGUUUUCAUCACUGCCAAUCAAAAGUGCUCUUUGGAUGGUCACCUGACCAUCCUUUCACCGACAGACGAACGACCAGAGUGAUAUUACAAGUGCCAAAACAUUUCACUCGUUGGAAUAAUGUCAUUCCAUAAUGCAUGUGACAUACUGUGUGGUCAACUGUGUUCUCUUGAUUCUUGCAUUUCUUCUUCAUGGAUACUGAACACAAUUUGUCCUUGUGAUACUGUGAAAAUCCUUAUUUAUUCCUCUAUUUCUGAUCUCUUCAUACUAUCCACUCAACACCAUGGAAUGUGAAUUUCCAGUUUUGCUGUGUGUCUUUGGAAUUAACGCUGUCUUGAGUUUCGACCAGCUGUCAGACUGAUAUUGACGGUCUAUGGUCUAUUAUUUUUGUCGUUGUUUGUUAAAGAGGCAGCAUUGAUGCAUUGUUAUGUCAAUCAAACCCAUCAGCCGAAAGUGCUCAGUGUGCAACAUGGAGAAUGGAAACAGAAUAUUAUUCAUAAUCAUGAAUACAAUUAAUUUUGUAUGCAAAAAAAUCAACAAAAUAUAAACAACUAUUUUUAAAUAUCCAGUUUCAAUGAUGUCAAUAUUUAUGGUUAUGAAGAAAUGUAUGUACGUUAUAUAUCACUGUAAUGAUCAUAGAUGAAGAAUACUCAGAGGUGUCGGUUAGAUGCUCAUACACAUAGAUCACUUACAGAUCAUAACAGAUAUAGUAGCAGAAUAAUACUAGAGAUGACAAUAUUCCCUAUAUUCUGAACACGCCUUGUACAAAUCUUGCUCAUGUGAUUCUAUACCAAAUCUGUAUUGACAGUUUGAGGAAACUUUAUUAAAAGUUAGAUGAAACUUAAUAAAAAUGAGUUUGAAACUUUCAGUAAGGGAUCUGUGCAAUUGUGCUCAGGUGUAGACAGCCUACACCAUCUAGUGCUCAUUCUGUAGAUAGUGCAGUCACUGAAUGCAUAAUAACUAAAUGCUGAAGUUGCUUCAAUUUAAAUCAGCUCAUAGGUUAGAUGUUUUCAGUCCUUUCUAACACUUGCUCACAUUUUCUUCUCUGCUCAUUUUUAAGAAAUGGUGUUCUCCAAAGAAUGUAGUUAAGUAUUUGUAGUACACAAUUAGUAUAUUGUUUAGUAUGGAUGGAAAAGUAUUUGUGAAAGAUUUCACUUAAGCCUAAUUUAUGCAAUCAAGAUUUUUUUGUAUUUUUAUAUUUUUCUUUUUUAAAUAUCUGUAUUGAUGUUGUUUUCUCUUACCUCAUGUAUGGACAUAUCAGUGUAUAGCUGCUGAUCUUUCACUUUGUCAUUUAGGGGCAAUUAGCCCGCUCUAGUCUCUUCAAGACAACAUAUUAUUUCACUUCAUUCUUUUAUAAACUUCCCUCAACCCCCCUACCCCA